GCCCCCGCCUCGCCAUCUCCGCGUCGUGCUGCCGCGCGGCCUCCCCCCCGCACCGCGCUCUCCCGGCGGCCCAGAUCCCUCCCCGCUCCGGCGAGCCCGCCAUGGACCGUCUGCGGGCGGGGAGCCCCGUCUACGGGCGGCAGCGCAGUGGGAGCAGCACGGGCUCCACCUCCCCGGGCGGCGUCUCCCCCUCGCACCACCGCUCCUCCUCCACCUCCUCCGCGGCCUCCCUCCCUGGCGCCGUCGCCGGCGUCGGGGGCAUAUCCAACGUCCGCCGCACGCAGAACGUCGCCGCGCGCGCCGCGGCCGCCAGGCUCGCGCAGGUCAUGGCCUCCCAGAGCGCCGCCGCGGCCGCCGGGGACGACGACGACGACGACGACUACGCCAACGACCACCCGCCCCCGCCCCCCGCCAGGUUCGGCAGCGGCGCCCGCUCCGGCCACGGCAGCAACGGCGUCUCACUGCUCGGCCGCACCGCGAGAUCUCCCUCCCCUGCGUUAGGUCGGAACAUUGUAGAGCCGCCUCCUACAGUCCGCUCAGCAUCAGCCGGAAGGACAGCCGCCAUUGCAGCACGACCGACCGCCACAGUGGUUCCACCAAUCAAAACCAACACUACCAUCAGAACCCCGUCUCCUAUCCCACCUGUGGCUGUGGAGUCCCCAGUGGAGCGCCCUCGACAGAAAAGGUUUGAUACAGCCCCACUUAACUCUAGAGAAUCAGCGCCACGGAGAGAGUCAUCUACACUUCAAGAUGAGCUUGAUAUGCUACAAGAGGAGAAUGAAAGUGUUCUAGACAAGUUACGGCGUGCUGAAGAAAAAUGCGAGGAAGCGGAAGCUAGGGCGAAGGAGCUUGAGAAACAGGUAGCUGCUCUCGGAGACGGGGUAUCCUUAGAAGCUCGCCUCUUGAGCAGGAAGGAAGCGGCACUUAAACAGCGGGAGGCUGCACUAAAGGCUGCAAGGGAAUCAACUGAUGGUAGAAAUGGAGAAGUAUCAACAAUAAAGCAUGAACUUGAGUCUGCCAAAGAGGAGGUUGCAGCUGUUAUGGACCAGCUAAAGGAGGCAGAGUCCGAGACAAAGGCUCUCCGGUCCAUGACUCAGAGAAUGAUCUUAACCCAAGAAGAAAUGGAAGAGGUUGUCCUAAAAAGGUGCUGGCUUGCACGUUAUUGGGGCUUAGCGGUUCAAUAUGGAGUUUAUCCCGAGAUUGCGGUGUCAAAGCAUGAACAUUGGUCAUCUUUAGCCCCUCUUCCUCUUGAGGUUGUUCUCUCUGCUGGUCAAAAGGCUAUCAAGGAGGAGCCUCGUAAGCAAGGUGAGGAUGAUGCUCAGAGGAGAAAUAGGCUUGUGCGAGAGAUGAGUGACGUAAUGGGAGAAGGCAACAUCGAGAGCAUGCUCUCAGUUGAAAUGGGACUUAGGGAGCUUUCAUCUUUGAAGGUGGAAGAUGCUGUUGUGGUUGCACUUGGUCAACACCGGAGACCUAGCAUAGUUCGGCAAUUCACAUCAGAUUAUAAAUCACCUGGCGAACCUAAAUUCUUGGAGGCAUUUGACCUUAGCAACGAAGAGGCAGAGGAUGUUAGCUUUAAGCAUGCAUGGCUUAUAUACUUCUGGAGAAGAGCCAAAACUCACGGUAUCGAGGAAGACAUUGCUGACGAACGGCUUCAGUUUUGGAUUGCUCGCAACGCGGUUGCACCGAAUUCUCAUGAUGCUAUAGAUGUGGAGCGAGGCCUGACAGAGCUCAGGAAAUUGGGCAUAGAGCAGCAGUUGUGGGAGGGCACACGUGCAGACAUCGACGAAGCUGCCUCAGCGGCGAUGGAGGACGAAUAGGGAGGGCAUGCGUCAUGAAUUCAUGAUCGAUUGUCUUAUGCUAGUGUAUCAUCCCAGUUUUGGACAAACGGGAGCUCCGGUUCCCAGCAGGUCUUCAGGCCCUUGGUAUACCCACCAUCGAAACAGUCCCCGAGCAGCAGCGAUGCUUCAGGUCCUCCGGCGUUGAGCAAUGGACCCGUCCAGAUUCCGACGGUGCUUGUGUAGCCGAUUUUAUCCCUUUGUUGAAUUAGUUCCGUGAAAUGUGUAAUUGGCUUUGCCUGGCAAGACGACGAGGAGCUCACCUCACCAAGUAAUUGUGAAUUUCUGUGAUUA